AUGACCUGCCAGAAAGCUCACAAGAAUAUUUGGACUGAAAAAGUUGAAGAUAUGUCCGAGAUAGAAGCAACAUCAAAGAACGAUAUCAGUGAAGAUGAGGAAGAUAACUAUGUGUCGGGCGAGUCAGGGGAGGUGUCAUAUCUCAACGUGAAUGAAGACGUUUCACCAGUUUCGCCAGUUUCGCCAGUGGAAGAGUCUCAAUUAGAAUUACCUAAGAGCCAGUCACAAGCAAAAGUAUCUCAGAAAGCUACACCGCCUCCAUCAAGCUCUAAUCCAACGAAGCCCAAUCGGCAAAAGUCCAAUGGACCAAAACUCAAUUCACCAGAACCUGAUCCUCCAAAGCCCGAUUCCCCAGAAAAUGAGAAGAUAUCCAAGAAGCAACGAUUAGAAAUCAAAAGAAUUCUCGACCUAGUUCCUGGUGAUCUAUAUGGAAUAGCACAGUCUAAAAAGAAUGAUACUGUGAGCAAAAUCCUCAAGAGUCUCAGAGGAAGCAGUCUGCUUGUACAUCCGGACAAGGUUCAUAAGGACUAUCGAAAAAAAGCUACUAAGGCUCAAGGAUUGAUUAAUGAAGCCAGUGAAAUAUUAUCAGACACGGAAAAGAGGGCAAAAUUUGAUCAGUUUGGUAAAUUCGACAUUCCUAAACCUAAGAAAUCAAAUAGCAGCAAGAAGAACCCAGAUUUUUUUAAGAAUGCUUGGGACGAUGAUUCAGAUUUAGAUUCAGAUUCAGGUGAUGAAGAAGAAGACAUGAAUGAUGGUGAUAAAUCAUCGUUACCAGAUGAUUUCAUUCAAAAUAUAUACGCCAAAGCAACACCAUGGGUUGAGGAAGUACUGAAAAAAGGACAAGUGUUCAAUCCUAACCCCCCCGGGAAGAAAUCCGUUACCUGGACAGAAUCCGAGGAGUUCAGAAAGAUCCACGCCAAACAAAAAGGGUACAACGAAGAAAUCAGAGCUCAUAAUGAGUCGAUCAAUGCAGCAAAAAAUAUUCACACAUUUGACAUAACGAGAGCUCAUCUUUUCAAUCGUGCAAAUGCGGAGCAAUAUAUUCAAGCUUGGAAAAAAGACAACAAAGAUCGCUUGGCGCUUCGUUGGAUUGUUUAUUAUAGCUCAGCGAUCAAAAAAGUUAACAAAUCUGAGGGAUUUCCUCUCGAAUGGAAUUUUAUGAGGUUCCGAGGUAGCAAGAAUGAAAAUCAAGGCAACAAAGGCGAAAAGGCGAAGCAUGACAACAAAGGAUCAGGGAAAUCUGGAACGAAGGAGCCGGAAAAUGACCAAGAAGAUGCAGAGUCAGAGAAUCAAGAUUCGGAAAUGCAGGACGUGAGACCUUUAACUGCCGGGUACACUUUAGCUGGCGAAAAGAUUGUUGGCAAGCUCCCCAGGAUAGCCUACGGUAUCUACGAUGAUUCACCAACGAUCAUAGACUGCCAAUUUUUCGUAGAGGUAGAAUUGCAGAACUCGAACAACCAAUCUGUAUUCGACAUCGAGCUUCGCAAUGAAGUUGAUGUAGGAUUUGACGCUGCUCAAAUAUAUAUCUCUGAAAUUCCGGAAGAGGAGCAAGUAUCUGUGUUGGAGAUUCUUAAGCGGGAGAAGGGACAAUGGAAGAGAAAAUUUCAGGGUAUUACGGGGGUUACUGCCCGAGAAUCUGAAACAUUAAGUUUCAAAAAGCUUCCUCCAACAUAUGUUCGAGGAAAAUUCAAAGACGAGUCUGGCGAAAAAGAAUACUUUUUGACACGAACAACACUUCGAACAAUCGUAGGGAAAAAGAUGGCGGAUCAAACAAUUCAACUUUACUACGACCAGUAUGAUAAGGAUGUCAAACAGCCACCCUGGCCAAAAUCUUUGGACUGGAAACCGGCUCAAAAGCUCAUUCGUAGUCGACAAGAUGACUCAGAAGUUGAAUCUGAAGAAGAAGAUUAUAAUACUAUUAAGAGAUAUAGAAAAAAGGGACGGAGCCAUGAUUUGCAACCACCGGAUCCAGAAUCAACACAGGUUCAAGCCUUAGUCAAUAAAGUGGAAGAAUUACAGCAAAAGGAUGAGGAAAGAAAUCGAAUCAUAAUGGAAACAGUAAAUCAAGCCAUUGGUCAGGCGGUAGCAGAGGCAAUGUUGAAAAUGGAACAGCAGUUUCAGGAUAUGAAGAUGGGAAAUUCAACUUUCAACUAG